GCCCACCCGUCAGGUGCCACGUGGGCGAGGCCAGACGGCGAGUGGGUUGACGGCCGUUAAGGCUGUCGGUACAAAACAGAGCCCCCACUCCCCGCCGCUCCACUCCACUCGCUCACUCGCUCACUCUCUCACUCUCACUCCUCUGCUCUGUCCCCUGUUGCCGCCGCCGGAGUUUUUCGCCGCCGCCGGAGGCACGGUUCCCUCCCGCCGUAGAAGAUGCCGUCGUGGAAGGAUGGAGAGGAGAGCAGCGACGAGGAGGAGCUGGUCGGCAUGGAUCUGGAGCAGCACUGGGCGAACCCUGACACCACUAUAGAUCCAUCCUUCUGUGGUAGAGCUGCAGAUGCAAGCAUCACAUGUAGACUGCACUUGGCCCCAUGCAUGAAAUAUGUUGCAUUUGAAGGAAAGGACACUGGGAGGAGGUUCUAUGGAUGUGCUGUUCCUCAUGUCAGUGUUAUCAAACUAGGGUUUGUGUUGGUGGUAGUUAGUUUGCAGAUGUUUGGAAUUGCUGUCAGUAAAUUCAGUUAAUGAAACAUGAUUUGGACUGUCUGCAGAUGCAAGAAUCAAAUUAUGUCAGUAAAUUCAGUUAAUGAAACAUGAUUUGUACUGUCUGUAGAUGGAUUGAUUAAUUUCUGUCAGUAAAUGAAACAUGUUUGCACAUGCAAGCAUCAAUUUAUGUCAGUAAAUUAAGCAAAUGAAACAUGUUUUGGACUGUUCUAGAGCUGCAGAUGCAAGCAUCAAUUUCUGUCAGUAAAUUGAGGGGAUUAUCACAAUUUGGACUGUGGUACUGAAUGAACUAAUGUAGUUUGUUGCAGUGACCAAACUUGUUUUUAACAAUUCAGUUAAUGGUAGUAUUGCUCUUGUCAUAUAAGCUUAGCUUGAACUUCAAGUUUCCUGAAUGUCUGUAUCUUCAAGUUGCAGUGACCAAACAUGUCAGUAAAUUAAGUAAAUGAAACUUGAUGCAGGAUGGUAUUGACUGUGGAGUUGCUCAGUGGGUUGAUGCCCCAUGGCCUUCUAUUCUGCAAAGAUGUUUGGAGAAGAUAUGGGAGAUGUUUCAUGAGGAGAAUCAUGGCAGAAUGAUUGACCAUGAGA